AUGGCAUUAUUAGAAAGCUUACAACAGCAACAGCAACAACCACCGCCAUUAACCUCAUCAACAGACGCUGUUCCUACUGCUCAAACCCCGGAGAAGCAAGGGCUUUGGAGCACUGUUACUUCCAACCCUUUGUUUUCAGCUGGUUUCGGUUUAAUGGGUGUAGGAGCAGGUCUUACGCUUUUACGUAAAGGAAGUAUGCUUGGAGCCAGUGCACUUCGUCGCAGACUCUUGGUUACGCUUGAAAUCCCCUCCAAAGACAAAUCUUACCUCUGGUUUCUUCAAUGGAUGUCGCAUCAAGCACCCAAAAGACAAGUACAGCAUUUAUCUGUGGAAACAAGCUAUCGCCAACAUGAUAAUGGAAGUGUCAGCACAAAAUUUGGUCUAGUGCCAGGACCUGGUACACACUUCUUCAAAUGGCGUAAUAUCUGGAUGCAGGUUCAAAGACAAAGAGAUGGAAAAAUGAUGGAUUUAUCAACUGGAUCACCAUGGGAGACAAUUACUAUUACAACGUUGAGCAGAGACAGACAUGUGUUCAAGGAGUUGCUCCAUGAAGCACAGGAGAUGGCAUUGAAGAAGCAAGAAGGCAAGACAGUGCUUUACACCUCUUAUGGACCUGAAUGGAGGCCCUUUGGUAUGCCUAGAAAAAGACGUAUGCUAGAAUCAGUCAUCUUGGACAAGGGGAUCAAACAACGUAUCGUUGAAGAUGUCAAGGCUUUCAUUGGCAAUGGAAAAUGGUAUAACGAAAGAGGUAUCCCUUAUAGAAGAGGUUAUCUGUUAUAUGGUCCACCUGGAAGUGGUAAAAGUAGUUUUAUCCAAGCCUUGGCUGGUCAACUUGAAUACAACAUUUGUAUACUCAAUUUAUCCGAGAGAGGAUUAACAGACGAUCGACUGAACCAUUUACUAAGCAAUGUGCCCGAGCGUAGUAUCAUGUUAUUAGAGGAUAUCGAUGCGGCAUUCACCAAGCGAUCUCAAUCUGAUAACCAAGGAUACCAAUCAAUGAUCACAUUCAGUGGCCUUUUAAAUGCAUUAGACGGUGUAGCAUCAGCGGAAGAGAGAAUUAUAUUCCUUACAACCAAUCAUGUAGAAAAAUUGGAUCCUGCCUUGAUUCGACCUGGCAGAAUUGAUAUGAAGGAAUAUCUCGGAAAUGCCACAGAUUAUCAAAUCAGACAAAUGUUCUUGAGAUUUUACGAAGACGAGACAUUAGCAGAUCAGUUUGUCGAAAAGCUUCGAGGAAAAGACAUCAGCACAGCUAGUUUGCAAGGCCAUUUUGUGUAUUAUAAAGAUAAACCCAAAGAAGCUGUUGAUCAAGCUGAUUCCUUGUGGAAUCAGUUGUAA